CCCAAACAGCAGUGGACACGACAGGAGGACACAGGGUGGGAUACUCAGGACAUAUCUGGACGCAACAGGAGUGGCAGAGAAACUGUGAGUGAUGUCUCAUCAGACGGGGAUCCAUGCAACUGCAGAUUUGAGGGAGUUCCUGGUAAAAGCGAGGAGAGGAGCUGUCCGAGUCAUGAAAAUUGUCAUUAGGAGCGAGCAGCUGGUGUUGGGGGCGUACAGAGAGCCCUCUCAGAGCUGGGACAGGGACUAUGACCCGUGCAUUUUGCCUCUGCUGGACUCAAUGGAGCCCUGUUAUAUCCUCUUCCGGCUGGACACCCAGAACCAGCAGGGCUACGAGUGGCUCUUCAUCUCCUGGUCACCAGACCAGUGUCCGGUGCGAUUGAAGAUGGUGUAUGCUGCCACUCGUGCCACACUGAAGAAGGAAUUUGGUGGCAGUCACAUCAAAGAUGAGCUAUUUGGAACCACACAGGAGGACGUGUGUUUCCAGGGUUACCUCCGCCACCUGUCCUCCUGCUCCAGCCCUGCCCCCCUCACCUCAGCUGAGCAGGAGCUCCAUCAGAUUAAAGCCACUGAGGAGGAGCGAAGACGAGUGGCUGCUCCGUCUGGGAGGGGAAAGGGGAAGACAGAAAUCAGCGUGGAGAGUAAGCACUCGACUCUGCAGGGUUUAGCCUUUCCUUUACAGGAGGAAGCUAAACGAGCCUUAGAGCAACUCAAACAAAGACGCAUCAACUACAUCCAGCUAAGGCUGGACACUGAGAGAGAGACGAUUGAGCUGGUACAUACCAAUCCCACAGACAUCCGCGAGCUCCCUGCCAGAAUCCCUGCUGAUGUCCCUCGCUAUCACUUCUUCAUAUACAAGCAUUCUCAUCAGGGUCAGAGCAUGGAGGCUGUGGUGUUCAUCUACUCCAUGCCUGGCUACAGUUGUAGCAUUAAGGAACGGAUGCUCUAUUCCAGCUGUAAGAACCGGCUUCUGGAAGAGGUGGAGAGAGACUACCACAUAGAGAUCACCAAGAAGAUGGAGAUCGACAGUGGGGAGGGCCUGACAGAAGAGUAUUUAUAUGAAGAAGUCCACCCGAAGCCACAGGCUCUGAAACAAGCCUUCACCAAGCCAAAGGGCCCUUCAGGGAAACGGGGAAACAAGCGGCUGAUCAAAGGAGCUGGGGAGAACGGGGAGGAGAGCUAAAUUGGAGACGCUCAAGGCAGGACGAAACCCCCCCCCCCCCCCCCCCCCCCACUACUUUUUCUCCUGUGGUCUGCUGCUGUCUGUCCUGUCUUUUUUCUCGCCUGUACUUGUUCUUGUUUCGUUCACCUCUUUUUCUUGUCUGAUAAACAAUUCUCUGUUGCCCACUUUCACCCAAGGCCACAAGGAUGUCCACCAAAACAUUCUGAUUAUUUUACACGUCACUGCUCAAAUGAAACGUGUCUCUGUACGUUUAAUCUGUAGCCUGCUAUGUUUUUUUUUUUUCCUUUUUUUUCUCAGAAAUAAAUAUUGGAACAAA